UGAAAUAUAUUUGCAACGGCUCAAAGUGUAUGAGAAUAAAAAAAAAAAGUAUAUUCUCGCACCAAUUUUCGCUGAACAUCCCCAAAUAACCGGCAUUUCGAUUCUCUCUCACGCCGGCCGGCUUUUCUCUCAUCGAAUCCAAGCAAGCCUUUGCAACCACAUGUUUGAGCGCGCUCCGUUCGUGCAUCCAAAAGAAACAAGCAUGGCAUGGCUCUAGCGCGCCGAAUCCACCAACGGGAACAUUUCUAAGCGUUAGCUGCCCCGCGGAGAAUUCUUUUGUUUUGUUUUGGCUUCUUCUAUAUUUUAGUCUUCACCACUACUACUGGGCCGAUAUCGUGCCGUGGAAGUGCUUAUUUUGGACGGGGGAGCCGCUGAUAACAAUAUAUUGAUGUUGGUGUUUUUGAAACUUGAUUCGAGUUUUUUUUUUAAUUUAAGAUUUGACAAUCUGUUUCUAGAUCUUUUUAUUUUUUCCCAAUCAAUUAGAAUUCUUAGAAAGAUUUCUAAUCUAAUCUAAUCUAAUCGAACACAAGCGCAGCCAGUCCGAAGAAAGCAUCCAGGAAGAACUUAUUGAUGUUGGUGUUUUUGAAACUUGAUUCGAGUUUUUUUUUUAAUUUAAGAUUUGACAAUCUGUUUCUAGAUCCUUUUAUUUUUUCCCAAUCAAUUAGAAUUCUUAGAAAGAUUUAUAAAUUUAUUCUACUUUCAGGACUUUUUCAAAUAUUUUUCUACCCUUCAGUCGACUUCGUUCUCACCACGAUGGGCUUUUCUCUGUGCAAAUUUGUUGUUGUUAUCAUCCGCGCUCAGCUCGCAAGUGCUUACCGAACCGAAAUGCUUGUGCUUAUACGCGCCAGAGUCGUAUUUGCGAAUAAUGCAGCACACACACUGGCAGAGCACCAACACAGCCUUAACCUGCCACGGGGAGUCCUCUCCGAUAAAUUCAGCUUCGGCUCGUAACACGGCACAUUCUAGGAAUUUUUGCUGUGACAAUCGGCGCGACCGAAGGCUUAUUCCCGGGCAUUCCGUGACUGUGUGCGAGAUUGGCACAUUAAGCCCGGCAAAUAUUCGCACACGCAAACACAGUCACACAUGCACACAUCUCAAAGGGGGCUUCUAAAUUUAGCGUUUUUAGUUCGGUUCAGUCCGGCGGACACGCUAUUACGCGUCUAGUUCUCGGUGGCCAGCGACAAUAUCCCCGCGUCCCUGUCAAGAAAUGGACUCGAUAAGUGCAGAAACGCGCAGUGAAAUCUACGAAAAGCUCUGGACCCGGAUGCCCCGCGGGGCGCUCAACCCAGGGCCGGUUGCCAAUUUCCGGCUGGACGAUUUCAUCGCGCUCAUCAAGCGCUACCCGGUCAUCUACAACCGGCUCGACAAGCACAACAAGCAGGAGUACGCCGACACCUGGGAUCAGCUGGAGGCCAUCUUGAAAACGAACAAGAAAUUCCUCAUGAUGAAGUGGAAAGGACUUCGGGACAACUUCCGGGUGGAGCUCAAAAAGGAAUUCUACUCCCCGCCGGAAGCUCGCUACGUGUCCAAGUGGGUUCACUACCGGAAGCUGGCCUUCCUUCGCGAGCAGGUCCUCCCAACACUGGACCAAAAAGGGGACGGCGAAUCCGCCCAAGAUGAGCUCCAUCAAAUCAUGCAGUUCGUGCAGAACCAAGAGGAACCUUCCCCGCAGGAGCACUCCCACGCCAACUCCGAGGUCAAACAGGAACGUGACGAAUCCAACGGCGAUUCCAACGGCGAUUCCAACGGCCAACCCGCCUCGGAAACCGACUUCAACUUCAACCACUUCCAAGAACCGGACACCAUGCACCUGCCGGAGAUCACCAUCACCCCGAAACAUCCACUCGAUCACCAGCAGCAGCCGAUCAACCUCGAAAGUCGUAAGCGGCGUCGCUCUCAGAACGCCCCUUCUACGUCGUCCUCGACGGUGGCGGCUGCUGGAGGAGCCCCCGCCCAGGACGACGACUACCACUUCCUGAUGAGCAUUCACCCCUACCUGCGGCAGCUUCCCCUGCCGGUGAAGCUCAAGGUGCGGCUCCAAAUGCAGCAGGUGCUGUUCAACGAACUGAUGAGGCAACCGAUCGCCGACGAGGAAGACUAAGAGUUAGUUCGUCCACGUUAGAUUCGAUGUGCCAUCCUUUGAUCUCUCUAUAAUACCCCUUUGCUGUAAGCUACACUAGAAGUAACUAGUCUUGGAUUGAAUGUUAAUGAGUUUGAGAAAUAAAAAUAGACUGUUGAAUUCGGAA